UGCGGACUCGCCAGUGGACUCUUUAGGCUUGGCUGCAUGAGUUGGUGGAGCGGCUUCGAGCGUGAACGGUCCAAGCUGCAGCAAUUUUUACCUCUUUCAAACUCCAGUUUCAGUCAUUCGUGUUUUGUGCUCCACCGUAUGUACGUCGUGUGACCCACCUGCCUGAAGGUGUCUUGAACCGCUGUGAAACCCCACAAUGUCCCAGUAGUCGUCGUACGACCGUGAAUCAGCGAGCUUAUUGUAUUUCCACUGUAACCGACAAAAAAAUUUUGUUUUCUAUAAACAUUCUGUCCCAGCUGACGGAAUUGUGUGUCGUCGUUUGAGCGCAGUAAAUUCGAUUAGAAAGUCUUAAUGCACACGGACGGUUCUAAAUUCCUUGCUAAUACUCAAGUGUGGAAUACGAAAAUUGUGUCUAACAGUGAAGCAGUGGUUUUAUAUCAAUUUAACGUGUUGUGAUUGGAAUCAGUUGCGGGAAAGUAACGAGAAUUCAAAAUGGAUAUGAUCAAUUCCGUCAUUCACUCGGCCGUCGAGUUCUCGAAUGUCCUGUCGUGCUUCGCGGUACUGUCUUGCACCGGAGCCGUCUUCAUAUUCCUCCUGAAAGUCUGCCCUGACGAUAAUUUAAGCUUUCUGCAAUCAAUGUUGUCCAGAGCCACAAUUGCAAUUUUAGCCCAAAGAGAAGAGGCACUGGGUCAACAAAAUAACUACAGUCAAAAUGUGAUACAGGUUCCUCGACUGAAUAUGACCAGAGUGCACAUACCUUUCACAUUCAAAUUAUUCGAGAGUGGAAAUAAUUCAACGGAAGAGAUCAAAAUCAACAUAGCCAGCCAAGUGAAGUACUCAGUACAAGGAUUUUGGGGAGUUUCUAUCCGCGAUUUGCAUAUGUUUCUGUGGAAACCAUGGUCGGAAAUUAGGAAUCAGGCAUAUGAAGCGGAUAAUGCAAUCCUAGCCAGCCAAUACUAUCAUCAGAUAGCCAUUGAUCGAAGAGAUCAGGAGCCGCAUGGCGAACAACAAAUAACACUUCAAUCACCCAAACCUCCCAUGGUGCUGGGAGCUCCACCACGGCUUGUGUAUCCUUUAGUGUUGUUUUUGAUUAGAGACAAAAAUAGCAAAAGUACGCAUCCCGAUGAAACGGUGGUUUUGGUCAAUGUAAUUCAUCUCCGCGAUCCAGUUUGUCCUCUGCCCACAUCAAUUUUGGCGCAGUACCUGAAGCAAGCCAACGGACAGCUCUCCUGCUUGAAGCAACUAUAUCUAGCGGCGGGUGAAUCAGCUACCGAAGACAUUACAACAUCUACACAAUCGAGCUCCCUAUCUCUAGCCGAGCCUGUAGCAUGUGCCGGCUCAGCAGGUCCACUUCUAUGUUCGGACGGUCCACAACCAGAACAAGUCUGUAUCGUUUGCCACUACUUCCCACUUUCGCGCGCUCUGCUCCCAUGCCGACAUACGUGCAUAUGCGCAAUAUGUUUCGCAAAGUUGAAUCGAUGUCCCAUGUGUCGAGCCCCGAUCACGAGCUACUUCUGCAUCCGGGCCGAGGACUACAUCCCGCCCGGCGCCUUUGAGCAAAGAUCAUCGAAAACGAAAAACACCAUUCACUGGUUGGAUGCCCUAAACGAUAGACUGACAGAUUUUCUAGGUUUUAGAUGAAUAUCUUUUUUAAAGAGUAGUAUAUGCAAUUUUGUAAAUAAACGUAGUGUCAUAAAGCGAUAAGUAUUUAUUCGAAAAUAGUGAGAAAUGUGAAUUAGUCCAUUUCCUUUUAUUUUUUAAACUGAGAGGUGACUUAGUGUAAGCGAAGAGGAAGUCGAAGCUGUUGAAAUUGUUUAACUAAAUAAUCUGUUCUAGAUUUAGUGGCUUUACUAUUAAUUCAAUCGAAAAUCUUUAAUUGUUCUAAUAGGAAUUUAGUGAGGGGCAUCCUCUGCGAGAUGCUUAAGCUUUUUGAACGCAACCCUUAUCCUUACUUAUUAGUUACUCUACAAUCACUUGUGAUCAUUUCUAGUUAAGUUUAAGAUUAAUUUAUGCUGCAAGAAUUUUUAUGUAUCGAGAAAGAGAAGCCAAUUAUUUUCCUACAAAUAGCAAAUCAAUAAAACGCCUAUGGUUAAAA